ACAUUUGACAACUCCUGUUGGCAACCAGGGUGUCAAUGGCGGCGUCCUUAGAGCGGCGGUAUCAUGGCGCCGAGCGUCGGGUAGACAACGGCAGGAUGGCGACAGUCGAGUACGAUCUCAACACGUCGGGGGGCCUGAUGCCCCAAAUCCAGGCACUGAUCGCUCCCCCGACGAGCGAAGAGCGCAAGCCACCCGUGCGCUGCCACCGUCCUGCGGGCCGCGCCGUCAACCACGACUGCUGCGACAGCUGCAAAGAAGGCGGAGACCUCAUCUGCUGCGACAGAUGCCCUGCGACGUUCCACCUGCAGUGCCAUGACCCUCCGUUGGACGAAGAGAGCCUGCCCUCGGGAGAAUGGAUCUGCCAUCGGUGCACCGUGAUGGCCGCUGGCAGCGGUGACUCGGCCGGCAGCAGCAGUGAAGCAAGCAGUGCACUGCACACGCUUGUCGCAGCUGCCUCGCUGCUCAAUGCGCAGCAGUUUGAGCUCCCAAAUGAGCUGUCCUGCCACAUCGCCCUGCCUGGAAGCAGCAAACGUCCGCGUCCAGUCCGCGGACGGCGGCACGACCUCGAACCACCCGUGCCCUUGCCCUUGCGAGUGUGCUUCACCUGCCGCAGGAGCUGUCGGUGGGCCCCGCUGAUCCAGUGUGACUACUGCCCCCUGCUGUUUCACGCCGACUGCCUCGAGUUCCCGCUGGCCUCUCUGCCCACUGGCCGAUGGAUGUGCCCUAACCAUGCAGAGAACUACUUGGAGGAGAAGCUGCUCAAUUCAGUGAGCCUGACGGAGCGAGUGCGCCUGUGGGACCGGUUUGGAGGAGGCAGCCGGCUGAACCAGGACGCAGUGAAGCUGGCAUUUCUCACGCGUGCCCAUCGGCCGCAUCCACCAUUCCGCUUGAAACGUCAGCGGCCCCGGCUAUAUCGCGCCCACAUCCCGCGUGCUUGUGCGCGAUCACUACCGCCGCCGGCCGCCGCCUCUGUCCCUUCCUCGGCCCCCCAAUCGCAGCAGGACGAGCAGGAGCUGUGGCUGGCUUCCCUGGUGGCUCUGCAAUUGGCCCUGGCUGCACGCACUGCCAAAGGGGGCUCGGCCAUGGAUGUGCGAGAGGAGGAGAAAGGGGCCAGCCCUGAAGACGGCCCCUUUGGAUGGGAAGUGAACCAGCUGGAUGAGAAGCUUGUGCGCCUACUUGCCUGGCAAAGGCUGCAGCAGCUGCUUCCUGUCAAUGGUGUCAAUGUGUCUGGGGUGGUUGCAAGCGAUGUGCAGGCGCGGGCAAUGGUUUGUCCUGUGGGGAGCAAAGGAAGCCCUGUACCGAUGCCCUACCGGACGCUGACACUGGGCUCAGGCGCAGACAUGGAUGUGUGCCUCAGGGACUUCGGCCACUGUGAUUUUGUCUCGGCAAAGCAUGCCUGCAUCUUCUACGAUGAGAUUGGCAAGCACUACGAGCUGCUCAACUACAGUGAGCAUGGCACCACCGUGGACAAUGUGCUCUACUCGUGCGACUUCUCCGACAAGCGGCUGCAAGCAACCUCAACUCCAGCUGCACUGGCUGCCCCUCGACCCGGCAUUAGGAGGACGUGCGGCUGCCGUGUGAAUCCCGUAGGUGCAGCUGGCUGGGAAGGCACGGCGUUAUUACACCACGGCUCCCUCAUCAAGCUGGGCUGUCUCCAGUUUGUCUUCAGCGUCACCAACAACCACCACGUCAAUUAGGCGAUGAUCGCCACCUUGUACAUAACAGCCAUUCAAUAAACUGCAUGCAACAGCA